AUGAGUGGGGAGUCUCUGCUGCCGUAUCACACGGCCCAGAGCGGCUCGGGGGUGGGCAUGUUCCACACCACCAUGGGGAAACUGCAGCGGCAACUGCACAAGGGAGAAUACGACAUGUUCAAGUACGCGCCCAUCUUUGAGAGCGACUUCAUCCAGAUCACCAAGAGGGGAGAAGUCAUCGACGUGCACAACCGUGUCCGCAUGGUGACCGUAGGCAUCGCGUCCACCAGCCCCAUCCUCCCGCUCCCAGACGUCAUGCUGCUGGCCCGACCGGCCACUGGCUGUGAAGAGCACACUGGGCGCAACCAGGCCACCAAGAGCAAGAGCCGAAAGGCGGCAAGGACCUUAGAGCUCACCAGGCUCCUUCCCCUCAAGUUCGUGAGGAUCUCCAUUCACGACCGCGAGAAACAGCAGCUGCGCCUAAAGUUUGCCACUGGCCGCUCCUGCUACCUGCAGCUGUGUCCCCCUCUGGAUGCACGAGAGGACCUCUUUGCCUAUUGGGAAAAGCUGAUUUACCUCCUCCGGCCCCCAGUGGACAGUAACAGCAGCACCUAUGCCAUUCCAGCUGGGGACAUGAUCUGCAUGCCUGUGCCGGAGGAGGAGGACAGGAGGAGCCUAGCAGCUGCCGAUUUCCAAGGAAAGGGGGACCAGGACCAGGUGAGCAUCAGGAGCCUCCACGUGGGCUCUGAGGUGGCCGGAGCCACCUCUGCAGCUUUUGCUGGUGGGGAGGGGAUCCAGCUGAACUUCCACAAACCCACAGCCAUGCCUGAUGCUGCCGACACAAAUGUGAAGCCUGCAGAGCUUGACAAAGAGUCAACAGUGGGGUCAGUGAUGGAGGUGGAGGUAGCAGGGGUGGCAGCAGGCACUGCCAAGGGCACCGGAGCAGGUGCCUUGAGCGUGGCAGUGACCAAGUUCACCACCCCUGAACAGCAGAGCACAGCCACAGCGGCCAUAGCCACCAAGGGUCCAAUAGGAUGCAAAACCAAUACAGCCGCGGCACAUGCUGCCAAAACAUCCCCCAGGAGCAUGAAAAUGGCCUUGGCGGGUGCCCCGAACAAUUUAGAGUAUGCUUCCAGCACGUCCACCAGCCCCUCCCCAGAGGCCAGCAUGACUGUGGCAGGAGCAGGACUUACCAGCAAGAUGAUCGGAAGAACAGCCCAUGAUGAAGACGAGGGGCCCCUCAUCUCAACCUUGCCACAGGAAGACCAAGUGAGUGAACAGGAUGGAAGGCCACAGCGAGUGUCCCAGCCCCGCAAGGGGAGAAGGGAGAGAAGGGAGCGCCGGGAAAAGGAGAGAGCGCUCAGGAGCUCCCAGCCCCGCAGGUCAGCAGAAAGCCGCCACAAGGCAGGGGGCAACAAGAUCAUCCGAAAAGCAGCCAGCCACUCCUCGGCCAGCAGUAGAGCCACGAGAGAUGACAAAAAGGAGAAAGGCCGCAGCAGCUCGGCAGGCAGCAAGCGGGGUACCGCACACAAAGGCAUCAGCCAUGCUCCCAUCACCAAGGAGUCCAGGACCUCGCACAAAUCAGGCAGGAGCUUAUCUACAGCUAGUUCAGGUUCUGCCACCAAGAGGCUCAGCAGGAUCAGCUCUUUCUUGAGGAAUGUCAGAGCCAACCUCACUACAAAGACAGCGGCCUCAGCCCGAGAUAAAGAUGUGGACAUCUUGGCUAAGGCGGUGGAAAGAACCAGAAUGGAGGCCAUCAUAGAGUCAGCAGAGAGUGGCCAGGGGCUAGAAAUCGCGGGUAGUGUGGCAUCUGAGACAAUGGAGACAGUGACCUUUGAAGCCCAUUAACACGACCCAGAGCCGGAAGCUGAAAAGGGGACCACGGCUC